AUGUCGUCUUUGAAGGAGGAGUUGAGGCAACUCUAUUCCCUCAUUGCCCCGGUGGGGGCGCUGAUGCAAGAAAAUCAAGGUUGCAGCAAGCCCAAUGGUGCGCUCGCUCUUCUUGGUCUUGUUGGUCUCCAGCUGAACACUAUGUCAGCCGCAGCUCCUUUGCAAGUCAUCCGACCAUCAAGAAACAAAAAUGGUGAGAGCAAGGAGGACGCAUUCUUUGCAGAGCACCAUAUGCUGGAGGAGACUGUGUGUGAGACCAGGAGGCUGAUAGAAAAGGCCUUCAAGAAUCGAUUCUUUGUCCGCUACGAUCCCGAGCUGUUUCCCGAGACUUCAACGAAGAAAGACAAACCUUUACGAAGGAAGACUCGGGCAAAGCUAUUUGAGACAGUGAAAAAGACUGUCCGGGACAACAUUAAAGCAAUGGUAAUAAGAGCGGCCACGAAGCUAUCGGCCGCAGGUGGUGCAGGAUUUGAGAACGCAGGAGGCUCAUCAUCAUCAGCAAGCAACGUGCGAGCGCCCAGGAAGAGCUUGGCCUCAACAUCAAACCUCUUUAAGUGCCUCUUUGAUAAAAGAGCUUUCGUGGUAGGCAAUACCUCAGUCGGAUGUUCUUUGGAGACUUUAGUGGGUGAGGAGAUAGAAAGCUUUGUGAGAUUUACCCCCGGACUGCUGAUGCCGCAUGACGUUGAGCAUCAGGAUGUACUGGAUGGGUUCUGGAUAAAACACCAGGGAAGAUUUCCUCGCCUCGCUGCAGUUGCUAGAUAUACCUUUGGAAAUUCUGCUUUAACUGCGGGUAUUGAGCGUGAUUUUGGAAUCGCUGGUGUGCUAUUGAAUCCACGGAGAAACAACCUUGACACUUUCGUUGUUGAGAUGAUCCUCUUCUUAAACAUCAAUGGUGAACACACUCCUUGGGACGAUAUCCCACUCAUUAAUUCCAAGGACGUACAGCAAACGGCAGGAGGACGAUCGAAGUUUGCUCCAAAGCGCUAUACCACAGCAACUCCAGCCGGAUCAUCAACCUUGAAUGAGGAGGACGAUGAGAAUAAUGCGAAAGCGGACCGGAGUUUUACAGCGAAGGAAAUCGAAAACGACUUUGACUUUUUCACUGCAGCCAGCAUACAUGAUGAUUGA